AUGCCUUUUCAUGACAACGACUCGACUCCUCAAAAAUCGUCAAUUGCUCCCUAUCCUCCAAUUCCUUGUCAAAUUCGUGCAUCAGCAUUUCAACCUUUUUCUUCAACUUCUCCUACCUUCACUUCUCCGCAAUCCCUCAUUCCAUCCCAUUUCCCUGAUAGGAAUCAGGUCCCACGAACUGUCUUUCGAACCGACGAGCUCAAAAUCGAAAGGCAAGACGGUAGGUCAAUGAAACAUGGUCAAUUUAUGUUUUCAGCGAGACCGAGGGAUUUUCCAACAGCUAAAGAAAUGUGUGACCAUCAAAAAUCACUGUACGCCACUUCUGAAACAAUUUCUCAGAGAAUGGACAACAAUUAUGGCGGUUUACCCGGUAACUGGAGAUAUCGUCUAGAAGUCGUUCAGCACCCUACCCGUGCACGUGCAUGUGGGUUUGGAAACAAGGAUUUUCGCCUAAUUUCCCCCGCCAUUUUUGUCAAAUUAUAUAUCCUUGCCGAUAAUGGUCCUGUGAACAUUGAACAAGUCGACGUUCACUUUUUUCAUCUCCAGGCGACUCUUCAUGACUUCGCGUCCAAGGAGGAUAACACCGAAAUAUGGGUUAAAAGCUCCUGUGGAAAAUAUGAAAGAAUUGAUAAUCUUGUAGGAAAUAAAAGUUCCAUUUGUCACAUGCUUGAUGAUCCAGAGGGAAAACCUGGUUUAUGGUUUGUGUUUUCCUCGUUAAGUGUACGGACCGAAAAGGAUUAUUUUCUGAGGUUUUCGUUGCAUUUUCUCGGAUGGCAAGGGUCCCUUAAUACGGGAGGAAAUCUCAUGACUCAAUUGGCGACCGUGGACUCUAAUAAAUUUACCGUUUUUCGCAGUAAACUAUUUCCUGGUGUUGCCGGUGGGUUAUUCCUGAUAGUUUUCAUUGACGACGCCUCGAGGGUCAGCAUUUACUUACGUCAAGAUUCCUGCAAAUCGCGAAGGUCACGCGUCAAAGGACAAGAAAAACGAUCUAUCGCCGAUAACAAAGGAAAUACCUUGGAACUAAACUAUCGUGAUAAUAUUCAUACUCGUAGCAUUAAUUGUAUAAUGAGUGCCAUUAAUAGAAGUAAAGGAAAUGUUGCAAGUGGCAAAAAGUAG